UGAUUUUACUUUUCCUUUUUUCUUUUUCUUGAGGGCAUAUAUGUGUUAAUAUACAGCCAUACAGAUGAGGCACACAUUUUAAUUAAAGUAUUACAAGUUGCAGGGUAUAUUAUAUAUAGAUGAAAAUGACAAGAAAAUACAGUAACAUUUUAAGUGAUAGUUCAUUGUAAACCACACAAGAAUUCUUUGUUUGUUUGUCUGUUUGUUUUUAUAAAUGUAAUUAACGCUUCAAAGAAGAAUUGGCGAUAAAAUACAAGAACGUAACAAAGUCAGACUUUGCAAAGAUGAAUAUGGAACAUGAAGAGAAAGCACUUAAAAUCUACUUCAUACCUUACUUAGCACCUGGUCAUAUGAUCCCAUUAUGUGACAUAGCAACACUCUUCGCUUCACGCCAUCAAAAUGUCACCAUCAUAACAACACCAUUCAACGCACAAAUCCUUAGCAAAUCCAUCCCAUUAAACCAAAACCUUCGUCUUCACACCGUUCCAUUUCCAUCCCAAGAAGUUGGCCUCCCCGAUGGCAUGGAAAGUCUAUCUGCCGCAACCAACCCCGACAACCUCGUUAAAAUCUACCAAGGCACCACUCUUCUCCGGCCUCCCAUCGAACACUUCAUCGAGCAAAACCCACCAGAUUGCAUCGUGGCGGAUUUCUUGUUCCCCUGGGUUGAUGAACUAGCAAACAAGCUUCAAAUUCCUAGACUUUCUUUCAACGGUUUUUCCAUCUUUGCUAUCUGCGCCAUGGAAUCUGUUAAAGCAAAUUCCCUCUAUGAAUCUUCUUCUUAUGUAAUUCCCGAUCUUCCUCAUUCUAUUGCCAUGAAUGCAACACCACCGAAGCAGAUGACUGAAUUAUUGGGAGAGCUUUUGGAAACAGUCUUCAAAAGCAAGGGAAUCAUCAUUAACAAUUUCAAUGAACUUGACGGUGAAGAGUACAUUGACCACUAUGAGAAAACCACUGGUCAUAAAGCUUGGCAUCUUGGUCCAGCUUCUCUUAUUCGCAGAACAAUUCAACAGAAAGCAGAGAGAGGAGAGAAGAGUGCUGUGAGUUUGCACAAGUGUCUUAGUUGGCUCAAUUCAAAGCCAGAUAAAUCAGUUUUGUAUAUAUGCUUCGGAAGCCUAUGCCAUUUUCAGGAUAAACAACUUUACGAAAUUUCAUGUGGGAUAGAGAACUCCGGUCACGAAUUCGUGUGGGUUGUUCCUGAGAAGAAAGGGAAAGAAAACGAGACUGACGAAGAUAAAGAAAAAUGGUUGCCGAAGGGAUUUGAAGAGAGAAACAUUGGAAAGAAGGGUUUGAUUGUUAGGGGGUGGGCCCCACAAGUGAUGAUACUGAGCCACAGUGCCGUGGGUGGUUUUAUGACACAUUGUGGGUGGAAUUCAACCGUGGAGGCAGUUAGUGCGGGGGUUCCAAUGAUCACAUGGCCGGUGCAUGGUGAACAGUUUUACAAUGAGAAAUUGAUAACGCAAGUGCGUGGGAUUGGGGUGGAGGUGGGUGCAGCGGAGUGGAGCACUAUGGGGUUCGGGGAGAGAGAGGAAGUGGUGGGGAGAGAGUGUAUUGAGAAGGCUGUGAGGAGGAUGAUGGACGGUGGUGAUGAAGCUGAGGAAAUCAGAAGGUGUGCUCAAGAGUUAGGGGAUAAGGCUAAUUUGGCGGCUCAGGAAGGUGGUUCGUCUUACAAGAAUUUAACAGCUUUGAUUGAUGAUCUUAAAAGAUCGAGGGACCGCAAAGCUUCUGGUUCCUGAAUGAUGAAAAAGGCACCAAAUGAGAUACGAAAUAAAUGAAUACUAUUGAUUCAAUAAUAAGUAAACAAGCAAACACCAAACAGUCUCAUAUAAUGUCAUAAAUGAGUGCAUACAUAAAAAUCACAGGUCUAUUCCAUCUUCAACCCAAUUUAGUUUUGUGGAAACUCGUGACAAGGACCCUAUACUCUUCGCAAUGAACACCAAAGGAUCCCUACCAUAUGAUUUGAGCACAUGUUCAUGCUCACAUCACCAAAUCCAUAUUUUUUCUGCAUUAGAUUUCAGAUUUUAGAGUUUAUCUGCUUUGACUUCACUGUAUACAUAUCUGCAUAGCAUGUAUUCUAGCAUAUAUAGAUGUGAUGCAUGCAAAUAUACAUAUAUACAUAUGUGAAUCUUUAUGUUUUGACAGUUUUGUUUACCAA